AAGAGAGGAAAAGGGCAAAAAAUUGGGAUGAUGAUGAUGGUUUGGGGAAAGCAGAGAGAGGGGGGAGAGAGAAGGUGGACCCGAAUGAUCCUUUAAAAAAAAAAACCAGACAAAAACGCUCAAAUAGCACCAAAUCACUUACCCUCCUUCCCUCCUUGCCUGUUUCUCAAUUCUCAGGCACCCAUUCUUCAUAAAUUGCAAACACCUCUCUCUCUCUCUCUCUUCAGAGGCGGGAAGCUAGCUGGAGCUGCGGUCCUCGUUUGGGCUAAUUAAUUGGAGAAAGAGAGGGAAUGCUAAUACCCAUGUUUCUUUUCUCUCACUGAUUCAAUAUUACUAGGCUUCUUGUUCUUUUUUUUUUCUUUGCUUCUUGAAGGAGGACAAGCGUGACGGGGUGUAUCGAUUUUAGUCUGAUGCCAUAUGGGGCAUCCUUGGCAGACGCUUAGAAAUGGAUGACCUUGAUACGGAGUCACGCAAUAUCCCUUCAGUGGGACUGGAAGCUUUGAGGAAUCACAUUUUCGCUUGAGAGCUGGCAUUUGAUUUAUCAGAAUGUCCCUCUUCAGUAGGUUUUUCUACAAAAGGCCACCUGAUGGAUUGCUGGAAUUUCUGGAUCGUGUAUAUGUUUUUGAUUCCUGCUUUUCGACCGAAGUGUUACCGGAUGGAGUGUAUCACAUUUACUUGCGUGAAAUUGUUACUGAGCUUCAUGAACAGUUCCCAGAAUCAUCGUUACUUGCAUUUAACUUUAGAGAAGGGGACAAGAGGAGUCAUUUUGCAGAAAUUCUUUGUGAAUAUGACGUUACGAUUAUAGAUUAUCCACGGCAGUAUGAGGGUUGCCCUCUUCUUCCAUUGCCUCUUAUUCAGCAUUUGCUUCGUGCAAGCGAGAGCUGGUUGUCUCUAGGGAACCAACAGAACAUCAUUCUGCUUCACUGUGAAAGAGGUGGCUGGCCACUUUUGGCGUUUGUUCUAGCUGCUUUCAUAUUGUACAGAAAGCAUCAUGGUGGAGAGCACAAGACCCUUGACACGAUCCAUCGAGAAGCACCCAAGGGUUUCCUCCAGCUCCUUUCUCCGUUGAACCCAAUUCCAUCACAGCUUCGCUAUCUACAAUAUGUUGCUAGGAGAAACAUGUGUCCUGAAUGGCCUCCGCCAGAGCGAGUCCUUUCAUUGGAUUGUCUCAUUCUUAGGAUAAUACCAAAUUUUGAUGCCCAGGGUGGAUGCAGGCCGAUCAUUCGCAUUUUUGGGAGAGACCUUAAAAGCAAGGACAACCCUUCGACAAAGAUGCUUUUUUCCAUGUCUAGGAAGAGGAAGAGUAUGAGGCAUUAUAGGCAGGGUGACUGCGAUGUAAUCAAAAUUGACAUACAAUGCCUGGUGCAAGGUGAUGUUGUUGUGGAAUGUGUCCACCUAGACCUUGACUCGACGAGGGAAAUUAUGAUGUUCAGAAUAAUGUUCAAUACUUCCUUCAUUAGAUCUAACAUACUGAUGCUGAACGCAAAGGACUUGGAUAUUCUUUGGGGCUCAAAAGAGCGGUACCCAAAAGGGUUCCGUGCUGAGGUUCUUUUUGGAGAAGUUGAAAGUAUAUCCCCACCAAGGGAACCGACAACAACUCUAAAUGGUGAGGAGAAAGGUGGUUUGCCAAUGGAAGCUUUUUCCAAAGUUCAAGAACUUUUUAGUGGUGUUGAAUGGGUUGAUACUGGGGGUGAUGCAGCACUAUGGCUGCUUAAACAAAUUUCCGCCAAUGCAUUGCAAGAAAAAAUUAAACUGUUACCAGUUGAUGUGAAAACACAACCUGGAUUUUACAAUCAACUAAGCUUGCCACCAUCACCAACAGAUUCUGAAGAAGAAAUGGAUGAGAGUAAGCCAGUGAAGAAGCUUCCAAAGUUAUAUGCUGAAGAAAUGCUUCAAGGAAAAGGUGAUAAAGUGGUUGCAACUACGAUUGGUGUUCCUGCUGUUCAUGAUUCUGAACAGAAUUCUGAAUCAACAAGGGUUGUGGAUUUUUCUAAUCUGCAAGCUGUAUCAAAGUCAGAAACCACUCCCUUGGAAGAUCGUAGUAUGCUAAAACAAGAUAAACUAAUGAGAGAUGGUGGGUUGCAGGGUACACCUACAGCUGUUGUUGAGAGUGGUGCGUCUGUUGCUUGUACUCCAGUUUCACAAGCACUGGUUGAACCAAUUAAUUCAGCUGUGAUGCCACAGAAUAAAGCUUUAUCAUCGCCACCUUUGCCUCCACCUCCGCCUCCUCCACCUGCAUCCUCUGACUCAUUGGUUGGCAAAGGUCCCUCUUUACCACUGCCCCCACCACUAUCCAGACCAGUAACACAAACUAUGACUAAUAUGAACUCUGAUAUAACAUCUCUUCCUCCUCCUCCUCCUCCACUGCCACCACCAGCAGCACCAACUACUACUACUUCAAGUCGAGGUGUGCAACCUCCCCCUCCACCCCCACCACCACCAUCACUAACUGCGACCACUUCUGGUAGAGGCUUACUUCCUCCCCCUCCACCCUCACGCCUACCACCAUCAGUGACAACUGUUUCUAAUAGAGGCCCUCCCCCUCCUCCUCCUCCACCACUACCAUCAACUACAUCUGGUAGAGGCCCUCCUCCUCCUCCUCCUCCACCACCACCACCACCAACUACAUCUGGUAGAGGCCCUCCUCCUCCUCCUCCACCACCACCACCAACUACAUCUGGUAGAGGCCCUCCUCCACCACCACCACCACCACCACCACCACCACCACCACCAAUGACUACUGCCUCAGCUAGAAGUCAUGCUCCACCUCCUCCUCCACCGCCACCGCCACCAGCCACAUCUAGUAAAGGCCCUCCUCCUCCUCCUCCACCACCACCACGAAUGACUACUACCUCAAAUAGAAGUCUUGCUCCGUCUCCUCCUCCACUGCCACCAACCACAUCUGACAAAGGUCCUCCUCCUCCUCCACUUCCACCAGCCACAUCUAACAAAGGUCCUCCUCCUCCUCCUCCUCCACCAAAUACUUUUCCUGGAGGCCUCAAACAGCUGGUGCCUCCGGCCCCUCCUCUACCUUCUGCACCUACUAAGCGUUAGGCCCCCCCUCCUCCUCCAAUGCCUAACCAUGGGGGACCUACAGUUCCACCACCACCCCCUAUAGGACCUGGUCAAAGAGGCCCAGAACCUCCACCGCCACCUCCUCCAAAAGCUUCAGGGUCUGUUCCACCACCCCCGCCUGUAUUUGGAGGAGGUCGUGGUGGCCAACAAGGACCACCUCCUCCACCAGGAGGAAGGGGAUCUGGUCCACCACCACCACCAGCAGUUGGACGAGGACGGGGUUCAUCUGGAUCACCUAUGACUAACCAUAAAGGAGGCCGAGGUCCUACAUCAGCUGCUGCUCCUAAGCGCACUUCUUUGAAGCCCUUGCAUUGGGUAAAAGUUACUCGAGCAAUGCAAGGGAGUCUAUGGGCUGACACACAAAAGCAAGGAGAGCAGUCAAGGGCCCCAGAGAUUGAUUUAUCAGAACUGGAGACUCUAUUUUCCGCUGCUACAGUCUCUUCUGGAGCAAGUGGGACAGAGAAAGGUGGACUUCGACGGGGCACAAAUACAAACAAGCCAGAGAUAGUGCACUUGGUUGACUUGCGAAGGGCAAAUAACUGUGAAAUAAUGCUUACCAAGAUUAAGAUGCCCUUGUCAGAGAUGAUGAAUGCAGUAUUAUCUUUGGAUGCAUCAGUAUUGGACAUUGAUCAAGUGGAGAAUCUCAUUAAGUUUUGUCCAACAAAAGAAGAAAUGGAGAUGUUGAAGAACUAUGGUGGAGACAAAGAAAUGUUAGGAAAGUGUGAGCAGUUUUUCCUUGAGUUGAUGAAGGUUCCCCGUGUGGAGUCCAAACUAAGAGUGUUUUCAUUCAGAAUUACAUUCUCUGCACAGGUUAAUGAACUACAGAACAAUUUGAACACAAUUAAGAAUGCUUCUAAAGAGGUCAAAGAAUCUGUAAAGCUGAGAAGUAUAAUGCAAACGAUUCUUUCACUAGGAAAUGCAUUGAAUCAGGGGACAGCACGAGGUUCUGCUAUAGGAUUUAAACUAGACAGCCUUCUUAAGUUGACAGAUACUCGUGCACGAAAUAGUAAAAUGACUUUGAUGCAUUAUCUCUGUAAGGUGCUUGCUGAGCAAAUGGCUGAAUUACUAGACUUCGACAAGGACCUUGUUCAUUUAGAAGCUGCAUCUAAGAUCCAACUGAAAUCCUUGGCGGAAGAAAUGCAAGCUGUGAGUAAAGGACUUGAAAAGGUUGAGCAGGAACUUGCUGCAUCAGAAAAUGAUGGUCCUAUCUCUACCGGUUUCCGAAAAGCUUUGAAAGGAUUUCUUGAUUCUGCUGAGGCUAGCGUGAGGGCCUUGACAUCUUUGUAUUCUGAAGUGGGAAGGAGUGCAGACUCAGUUGCCCAGUAUUUUGGGGAAGAUCCAGCUCGUUGUCCUUUUGAACAAGUGACAACAACAUUGGUGCUCUUUAUGAAUUUGUUCAAUAAAUGCCGUGAGGAGAAUGCCAAACAAGCGGAAGCGGAAAAGAAAAAGCUAGAAAAGGAAAGCAUGAAAGAGAAGAUCAACCAAUCUACAAAAGUAGACGUUGAGAAGUCCAGAGUGAACUCCACUAUGAGAAUAUGAUCAAUAUGGCUGGCAUCUGAAUAUCACAUACACGAGAACAAUGAGCUGAAGGAAUCCAUGCGGACACUCAAUUGUACUAUUGCCUCAAUGCUAAAGUCAGUAAAUUCUUUCAGAUUCAAACUACAGUUCAGACGGAUCAGAUGUUAUACUGGCAAUGAACAAGCUUCUUUGUGGUGAACAGUUGUGGUUUGGAUCCAAAAUGUGGAGGGGUUGCAUAUACUGAACCUGAUGCAAAAUUCGUUUCCAGGUCAAGCAGUCUUCCUAUAUGCAAGCAGAAGAUUUCUACACGAGGGAUCAACUACUUUAUAAAUCACAGAAAGCGAGAACGAAGGAAAAUCUUUUUGUAUAAUAUCAGAAGCAGUCAGCGUUUUGUACAGGAUAAAUUUAGGUACAGUUUGGCACGAUUCAUCUGUAACAUAUUGCAUCUUGCCUGAAUCCAGGCCACUAAUUUUUUUUUUCUCUGGAAAGAAUAGUUCCCUUUUUAUAUUCAAGUGAAAGUGAUAGGUAGUCGAUGGCAUUGUCGACGCCACUUUUUAUCAUUGUAUAAUAACCUCAAUUUUCCUGCAUUUUCCUAAUUGUAUUCCUUGUACAUUUGUUUCUCGUGUUUCUCGUGGUAAAGAAGUGCUAAAUGCCCUCGAGACUGGUGUUCGUCUUCUUUU